AUGUCCGGCGGCAGCUCAGCCGAGAUCGAAGCCAAGCUGCUUGAAGCUGCAAUGAAAGGAAGCAUCAGUUCAUUGCAAAAGAUGCUCAAUCAAGAUCCACUCGUUCUCGAUAGAUUCUCCGUUAACUCCUUUUCAGACACUCCUCUCCAUGUGGCAGCCAUGUUGGGGCAUACUGAUUUUGUGAAGGAAAUCGUAAGUAUAAAACCCGAGCUCGUAAAUGAGUUGAAUUCCCACAAAUCAUCUCCUCUUCACUUAGCAUCAUCCAAGGGCCAUGUUGGUGUAGUCAAAGCCAUUUUAUCAUCAGUUGAUAGUCGAACAAUAUGCCUUGCCCGUGACAGAAACGGGCUAAACCCGCUCCACCUAGCGGCACUCAAAGGCAGGAUCGAAGUCUUGCAGAUUUUGCUUCAAGCCGAACCUGAAGCGGCACAAAUGACGGUGUAUAGAGACGAAAACAUCCUUCAUUUAUGCGUCAAACACUACCAGCUAGAGCCACUUAAGCUUAUGGUGGAGACUGCUUUAGCCCAUCCUAACUUCAUAAACUCUAAAGAUGGUGAUGGAAAUACACUCCUUCAUUUAGCUGUCGCAGACAAGCAAGUUGAGACGAUCAACUUCUUGUUGAAUGUGCCUGCAUUUGAAGUGAAUGCGGUGAAUCUUAACGGGCUAACAGCGGUGGACGUUUUGAUUCAAAGCAGAAGGGAUACAAAUAAUAAUAAUAAUAGUCUUCAGCCGGACUUGGCUUCUUCUUCCACUCCAGAAUUGCAGAAGGACAAUAGCUGGAAUGGGAUGAUGAAGCAGCAACUUGAAUGGCUCGAGAAGCACAAAAGCGCACUGAUGGUUGUGGCUUCUCUCACCGCAUCAAUGGCUUUUCAAGUUGGAGUCAACCCACCAGGCGGAGUCUGGCAAGAUGAUAAACUACGCGACGAUCAAGGAAACCCUUUGCCCAAUCCUCAAUAUGCGGGGUUUUCCAUAUAUGCAACUAAGCACCCUCGCGGAUACACGAGAUUUUGUAUCAUUACGACAUUCAGUUUCGUUUCGUCUCUGAGCAUUAUAUUGCUCUUGGUGAGUGGAUUGCCGAUAAGGAGAAGAUUCUAUAUGUGGAUUCUGAUAGUGAUCACGUGGGUUGCAAUCACAACUAUUGCAUUUGCUUAUGUUGUCUCUAUAGUAGCGUUGACGCCCAACAAAAAUCGAACACUUGAUAAUGUUAUAGGGAUUACCAUAGUUGUGUGGAUCGGCUUGAUGACUCUUCUCGUGAUGGCCCAUACAAUUCAUUUCACUAAGAAGAUAGUCCGAAAGAUGAGUAGUGGAGGUUCAUCAGCAUUUCUUGUCCCAAAGAUGAGCGCAGGUUCAUCAGCAAUUCUUGUCGAAUAAUAUUGUUGUUGUUGUUGUUGUUGUUGUUGUUCUUGUUCUUCUUGUUGUUGUUCUUGUUCUUCGGUAAAUCUUUUUUUUUUUUUUUUGGUUCGUCUUUCUUUCUUUCACUUAGGAUUUUCCAACUGUCCUUGUAUGCAAUUUCAGUGUGUUAUUAUUUCUUAGGACUUAGUGAAUAAGUCCACCUGCUUUUU